UCUGCUAAUAUUUUAUGCAGUUCUACUAUUUGAAAGUUUUCAUAUAACUUAAUCUUAAGCUAGUCAAUUAAUCAAGAUGGAUUCCAAAGGAGGAAACCCUUUCCUGAUGGACGAUUACGGCACAGAAUCCAACGACAAGAUGGCUGGCCAGACGUCCAAUCCGUUUCUACAAGAUUUUGCAGAUACAGAGACGACAGGGGGCGGAGAGAAUCCUUUUCUUAGUUUUGGCGGGGAUCAAGCGUAUCAGGCGCCCGUCAGCGUCGACUCGACGAAUCCUUUCGCUUCGUUCGCUGCAGAUGCCAGUGCACCGCCGAGCACUGACAUUGAAUCUACCACUACAGAUUCAACUGUAACUAACAUAUUCGCUAGUGAGCCUACGAAUAUAUUCGUGACGACAAGUAGCGAGUCGACUGCAGAUUUAUUUGACACUGCGGUACCAUCACAGCCUUCUCAGGAGAUUUUUGGCGAUAUUGCAGCUCCGCCAUCCUCACCAGCUCUUGUAAUCCCUGCUUCAGUAAAAAAUGGAAAGGCUGUUCCGUCUAGACCUCCUCCUCCAAGGCCUCAACCCCCUACACCUCCUAAGCAUACCAAAGACUUGAUUCUUUCUGUCACUGGUGCAAUGGACGCCACGUCGAAUCACCUUUUGGAUCGACUACAGGCAACCAGAACGCCCAGUCCCACUCUAUUGCACUCCCCGUCACCCACUCCGGAGCACAGCUUCGCGGAUCUCCUAGACAUCGACUCGAACGUUCCAGACCUCAUGUCAGAUGACAGCAAGGUCGUCGAAUCACCUUCGAAGAACCAAGACAUUAUGGACAUUUUUGAUGCACCUAAUACAGACACAACCACCACUACUAUCUUCUCCACUUCUAUGACAACUGGAGACACCACCAGUUUAGUAACAGGGGUGGCUCUAACAAGUACCACAAGACAGGAUAAUCCAUUUGUUAGUAUUACUGAGCAGGAAGUGUCACCUGCUGAGGAUGAAGAUGCUUAUAAGUCAGACUUUCCUGAAACUGCAUCUGUAACCAGUGAAAAGAGGCCUUCCAUAACUUCUACCACAGGAGUUGUUGGUUCAGAACUUGAUAAGACUGGUAUCGACUUAGACUUCUCUGCAGAAGCUCAAAUUGACUCAGAGAUUCUGCAGCCAUCGACGACAGCAACUGAAUUGUUUUCAACCAGCACUGCUGAACAAUUGUCUACAACUACCACAGAAACUGCGUUCUUUUCUGUUGCUGAUACAACCUCUGAACCAUUUGAAACUACAGAGGAUACACCAUUUUCAAGUUCUACUCCUAUGCAACCAGUCAGUGCAGAACCUCUAUUUACCACCACAGAGAUGGAUGUACCUUCUGCUCAACCUAGUGGUCCAUUUUCGUCUGAUUUAUUGGGUGAUUUUAGAGAACCUACGGAAGAUACUAGCAGAGUAAGAUCUGCAAGUCCAAUUCCUGGGGUUGAAUUUCCUACCAGUGAAGCGUAUAAGCCUGAAGAACAGUUAGAUAACUUUGCGGCCACCACAAAGGCCAUUGAGAGCACUGGGGAUGCAUUUGAUAUCUUUGCUUCCAAGUUUGACAAGGCUGGAGAACAGGAUUCUGCUGGAGGGGAUCCGUUUUUGGACGCCUUUGGUGGUGGACCUACUGCUAUGGAUACAUCCAGUGAUGUUUGGGGUGACUCUUCUGCAACUGGGUCAGAGACUGCAGUGACUGGAUUUGGAGAGGCUGAUGCAUUUGAUUCUUUCCUGAAUAUGACUGCUCCACCUCCACAGCAAACAAUCAAGAGGGCUGAGUCUGCUGAGUCUGAUGAGGGUCCAGACUUUAGUGUAUUCAUUAAGCCAAAGGAAGAUGAUCAGUCUGGAUUAGAGGGAGGGACAGUGCCUGUGUUAGCUCCACCACCAAAGAGUCCUCAAAAUACAGCAUAUAUUGACACUUCCCCAAGAUUCAAUCCUUUUGAUAAGUCAGGGUUUGCAGAAGAUGCUCUUCCUACUACAGAAGCUGUUCAAAUAGGUGAAAUGACCAGGACAGAUUCUCAGGAAACUCCACCAACACCCUUAUUCGAUGAGGAUGUCAGUCAACCUCUGGAAGAUUUCCCAAGAGUAACAUACACUGGAGAUGGCUGGGAUCUACAUCUACGUCAGCCUUAUAAAAAGAAAAUCACUGGUCACAGAUUCUGGAAGAAAAUCUUUGUCAAAUUAGUCUAUCAAGGCGACAAUCCUGUGCUUCAACUAUUUAAUGGCAGGGACACCAAGGAUCCCUUCCAAGAAUUGCCUCUAGUUCCAGCUUAUUCUGUUUCUGAUAUUGGUGCUCAGCAAUUUGAUCAAUUUGGAAAAAUAUUCACUGUGAAGUUGCAAUAUAUCUUUUACAAGGAACGACCUGGAGUUCGACCUGGUCAGGUCACAAAAGCGGAAAGGUUGACGAAUAAGCUCAGUCAGUUUGCUGCUUAUGCCAUUCAGGGUGAUUACCAAGGAGUGAGAGAGUUUGGAAGUGACUUGAAAAAGCUGGGUCUUCCAGUAGAACAUGCACCACAAAUUUCUCAACUAUUCAAAUUUGGUUCCCAAUGCUUCGAGGACAUGAAGCAGUUCUCCUGUGCCAUAGAAGAGGCUCUCUUCAGACUGCCAGCAUCUCGAGAGAGGGCACUCAAUUAUAAAAUGGAAGAGGUGCAAAUAACAGUCGUAGACGAGCUCUAUGUCGAGCAAAGUGCGCAGGGUGCAGUGGAGAAGCAGAUAGCGCGCGUUCGAUUGUUCUUCUUGGGCUUCCUUUCCGGGAUGCCUGAUGUCGAGUUAGGAAUAAACGACAUGUGGAGACAAGGAAAAGAAGUUGUGGGCAGACACGACAUUAUUCCUGUGGUAACUGAAGAAUGGAUCCGUCUGGAGAACGUCGAGUUCCACUCCUGCGUUCAACAGGAUCAAUACGAAAAAUCCAGAACCAUUAAGUUCAAGCCACCAAAUGCGUGCUAUAUUGAGCUCAUGAGGUUCCGUGUAAGACCACCCAAAAACAGGGAGCUUCCCCUUCAGCUUAAAGCUGUAAUGUGCAUUACUGGUAACAAGGUAGAGUUGAAGGCAGAUAUUCUUGUGCCGGGAUUUGCGUCGAGGAAACUCGGCCAAGUGCCUUGUGAAGACGUGAUGAUCCGUUUCCCUAUCCCCGAAUGUUGGAUCUAUCUGUUCAGAGUGGAGAAACACUUUAGGUACGGAUCUGUGAAAUCUGCUCACAGGAGAACGGGAAAAAUUAAAGGUAUAGAGAGAUUCCUGGGUGCAGUGGACAAUUUGGAGCCACAGUUAAUGGAAGUGACGUCGGGGCAGGCUAAAUAUGAGCAUCAGCAUCGCGCUAUCGUUUGGAGGAUACCUAGGUUACCCAAGGAAGGCCAAGGUAUCGUUAUUUUAUUGUGCCUAACAUCCUUCGACCAGAUCCCAGAGAACCUAGCCGAAUAUUGUUACGUAGAGUUCACUAUGCCAGCCACUCAAGUGUCUCACACAACAGCGAGAAGCGUCAGCUUCCAGAACAGCGACAGCGACACUCCACCAGAGAAAUAUGUCAGAAAUUUGUCACGACACGAGUACAGAGUCGGGAUCGAGCAUACGCAAGGUGAAGGCCCAGGGGCGUACGUAUCGGCAACGUUCACCAGAAAGAUUCCGGAAACGACGCCAGAAACCACGACACAAGUGGAAGCCUCAGACGCUGACGCUGAUGCAGACUCUGAUUCGGAUUCCUCCGAAUAAUUGCCAGUCGGUGAUGCGUAAGGUAACGGUAAACACGUAUAAAACUAAGGAGGGUCGCUACUUGUUAAUGAUAAGGUGUAUACAGAAAGAAAAUGAUGCCUGUGACUGAACACCUAACGUUUCACGACUCGUAGCUGAAGCAUAACGUUCUAUUAAUGAAUAAUAUUGCGAAUGAUUGAAAGAGGAGAUUUUUUCGGUAAUUUCGAACGCACAUGAGUAUUACACGAUUAGCAUAAUCGUUCGUGUGUUACCGCUUCGAGUUCGACCACCACGAGUCGCGAAACGCCGGUGUCGCCGCGUGUUCACGUAACGCAUAGCAGUUUAAACGAGAUGUAUGUAUGAGAGGAGUAAUUUUUAAGG